AUUGCGCCUACACAAUAACUCAUUGACUUGUGAUGGCGGGUAGCAGCCGUGGCCGUUCGUUGGGAACACCUCGUCUACUGAUAGGCGGACUCUUGAUCAGUCUAGUCGGUCUGGCCUUUUUCUACUGGAGCGUCUCUCGCUCGAAAACGCAACUCGAGGCGCAACACAAAAAUCUUCAAACGCAACAUGCGGAACUGAAAGCAAAAACGUCGAGGGAUAUGGCACAGAUACAACGAGAUCUCGUCGAUUCGAACGCCAAGAGACUCAUGGAGAAGAAAUCUCACGAGCAGAAGCUCGAGCAGGCGUUGAGAGAUAAGGCGGUGAUAACUCUACAGAGACAGGAAGUUGUGAAGCAACAUGAAGAUGAAUCGAAGCGUUGUAAGAGUGAGUUGAAUUCGGCGAGGGAUAGUGCUGCCGAGAUUGGAAGAAAGAAUGAAGAGAUGAGUGACUCGAUGGCGGAGUUAAGGAGAACGGAAGAGACAUUGACGAAUGAGCGGGAUCAUUGUUCAAGAGAAUUGUCUGCAAUGAAUGACAAACACGAUGCUGCUACAAACGUUAUUAGGGGUUUGAAGGACAAACACCAACUCACACUGUCCACAUUGACAGUUUUACAACAAAGAUGCACUCGUGCUGUUAAGCAACUGAAUCUUUGUCAUAGACAGGUAGAACAUCAAGUCAUGUCAACAGGAGUUGGAAAACAAGUAGCAGAUGAAAAUGUAGAAACAGGUGACCCUGUUGCCAACAAGGAUGCAGACUCUGUUACCAACAAUGAUGCACAAGAUGUGCAGCCAACUGAGCCACAGCCUUCGGAAAAUACAAAUAACGAGGAAGGUGGUAUCAAGACAGAACACAAUGAAAUAACAAUGACAAGAAAGAAUGAAUCCAACACGACUCCAUCUGAAGACACAGAGGCUCGUGAAGGGGAAGGAAACAGCCAGGUAGUGCCACCACCACAAGUAAAUUCAUUUGCUAAUAAACAAAUGACUGGACAGCCGACCGCACAAGAUAUUGGUGCAGAAUUUGCAGUACUUGAGGAAGAAGAACAAAACUCAAUCAAGGAAAUUGAAGAUGAACAGACCAAUGAAAAAGAAACAGAUGCCGAGGAAGAACGAAAAGAAGCAGCUGCAGCUGCAGCUAGAAAUGUACAAAAAGAAAACAGAGAACAGAUAGGCACUGAAAAUACACAAGAAGAAGUAGAAGACGAAGAACCCACAGAUGACUAUGAAGAUGAGGAUGGACAUGAUGACGGUGAGGAUGAAGACAGGGAUGAAGACGAUGUUAAGUACCUUCAUGCUGACCAUAUGCCACACGGAGUCAGUAACAUAAAGUGAUUAACUAACAGUCGAGUUUCACAUGGUGUAUGACUCCAUGACUACCUGCUAGUCUAGCAGGCAGGACUUUGUUUAGUUAUAUACUCUGCCUUUAUAGGCGAGUGACCGUAGUAUAGGUGGUUGAAUACAUUAUAUAGUAAGAAUAUU